CAACCACAUAUAUAAAAAUUGUAUGGAAGACUUUAAUUUUUAAAGAAAAUAUACAGUUGAUAUAUUGUUUUUUUCACAAUUUUAAACGAGUCAAACAAAUAAAUCAAUCUAGAAGCUGUUACUUUCGAGUUUUCAACCAUCUAUCACGACAUCAAUAGAUUAAAAAAUGUUUGCUGUCCGUUUCCUUCGCCGUUACAUUUAUUACAGAUUCUGAAAUCGGUUUGGAAAUCUAAUUUUGGAAAGAGACUGUCUUUUUCAAGAUUGUUUUUUCCUAUGAGAUUGUAUUGCUUUUAUAUUGGAAAGAUUGUUUUCUCCAACACAUGAGAAAGAUUGUUUUCUCCAACACAUGAGAAAGAAGAUAAGGAGUGUUUUUACCCCACCUCUUUAUUUAUAUGAACGGCCUUGAAUUAAUUUCCUCGUCUGGGAAUUGUGAUUUGCAGUGAGAAAGAGAGAAAUUAUCUUCAUGGCAUCUACUAAAUCUAAUGGAACUGUAGCAGGGACUUGGAAAUUAAUGAUGGAGGAUGGUCAGCCCAUUAAAUCUCCAAUCACAGUGAAAUAUACAAAGCUCUUCAUCAAUGGAGAGUUUGUUGAUUCAGUUUCAGGGAAAACAUUUGAGACAUUUGAUCCAAGAACAGAGGAAGUAAUAACGAGUGUAUCAGAAGCCACCACAGAAGAUGUUGAUUUGGCUGUCAAAGCAGCUCGGGCUGCCUUUGACCAUGGACCAUGGCCUCGCAUGUCUGGUCAAGAGAGGGGCCGCAUACUGAACAAGUAUGCAGAUUUGAUUCAAGAACAUUGUGAGCAACUUGCAACACUGGAAACGUGGGACGGAGGAAAACCUCUGGAUAUUGUCAAACAUUUUGACAUGCAGGAGGCACUUGGCAUUCUUCGCUACUAUACAGGAUAUGCUGAUAAAAUCCAUGGGCUGACAUUGAAAAUGAAUGGGCCAUACCAAGGAUAUACAUUACAGGAACCCAUUGGAGUAUGUGGUCAGAUUAUACCCUGGAACUUUCCCCUAAUCAUGUUUUUCCUGAAGAUCAGCCCUGCUCUGGCCUGUGGAUGCACAGUAGUCAUCAAACCUGCAGAGCUGACUCCCUUAACUGCACUUUACUGUGCCCAUUUAUCUAUUGAGGCUGGAAUACCUCCUGGUGUCAUUAAUGUGCUCCCUGGUUUUGGGGAAACUGCUGGCGCUGCCAUAAGCAGUCAUAUGGAUAUUGAUAAGAUCGCAUUUACAGGAUCAACUAAAGUGGGGAGAUUAAUCAUGGAGGCUAUUGCAAAGAGUAACCUAAAGGAUGUGACAUUAGAACUUGGUGGAAAAUCACCUCUCAUUGUCAUGGAUGAUUUUGAUAUCGAUCAAGCUGUGGAAAUAGCAAACUUUGGUGCAUUUAUAAACAUGGGGCAAGUGUGCCUAGCAAGUUCAAGGGUGUUUGUUCAAGAAAGUAUAUAUGAUGAAUUUGUAAGGAAACUGGCUGAAAGAGCAAAAAAGCAAGUAAUAGGUGACCCAUUUAAAGGAGGAGUACAACAUGGACCUCAGAUUAACAAGGCUCAAUUUGACAAAAUAUUGAAAUACAUUCAAUAUGGCAAGAUAGAUGGAGCUAAUCUAUUAUUAGGUGGUCAUUCGUUUGAUGGAAAGGGAUUUUAUAUUGAACCUACAAUUUUCAUUGAUGUUGAGGAUAAUAUGAGGAUUGCACAAGAUGAGAUAUUUGGUCCAGUUGUGUCUAUAUUAAAGUUCAAGACUAUAGAAGAAGUAAUAGAGAGAGGAAAUAAGACAAUAUAUGGUCUUGCGGCUGGAGUUUUAACUAAAAAUAUAAAUAUAGCUAAUAGAGUUGCAAGAUCUCUUCGUGCAGGAACUGUCUGGAUAAAUUGUUACCUUGUAAGUGCCCCUGAUUGGGCACUUGGAGGGUACAAGAUGAGUGGAAUUGGAAGAGAGUCUGGAUCUUAUGGCCUUCAAAAUUAUUUACAAGUCAAAAGUGUGAUUACUCCUCUUCAUGAGUCACCAUGGAUAUGAGAACAUCAAAGCAUGUGUAUUGUAUAUAUCUUCUUUAAUGCAUUGGAUGGUGUUUGUUGGAUAUAUAGAGUAACGUACUAUGAUGUAAUAUCGUCAAGUCACUCCCUUAUAUAGUUCAUAUUUUAUGUGUGUCAUCCUUAGGAUAUGUUCCACUUGAUAUGUAGGAGGGGAUACUAAUGUGUCAUAGGAUCCAUGUGAUUCUUAACUUACAUUAUGUGUCAAUUUAUUUUGUUGUUAAUAAAAAUGUUAUUUUAGAUAA